AUGGCGUCUUCUGCUCUUCGUAGUCUCUCAAGGAGAAAGCUUUCUCCAAAAUGGUUCUGCAAGACCUCCUCCUCAAGCCCCCCUCUUGUUCUUCUUCAUCAUGAUCAUGUCAAAGAUUAUAAUACUAAGCCCACCACUUUCUCGGAUUCAAGUCUUCUUCGUUUUCACAGGCAAGUGUUCUUUGAAGACAGUAAGAAUAUGUCUUUUGGUCAACCAUUAGGUGCUUCUUCUGGAGUGUUUCUAUGUAGACACAUCUCUUCCUCUUCUUGCAAACCAGAAGAAUCGAGCAUAAAUAUUGAUGCCUUAGGAGAGGUACUUGUCCCUGCAGAGAAGUCAGUGGAAGCAAUGUCCACUACUAUAGAUGGAUGUAGUGCUGCAGCUAUUGAAAUUUUUUCUUUCCCUGUGAACUGCGUGCAUUAUGUGAUUAAUGGAAUCCAUGACCUUACUGGCUCCAACUGGUUGAUGUCAACUGUUAUUACAGCUUUUCUGGUUAAUGAACUCAUGUCUCCAGUCUCUAUGCGGCUUCAGAGACAAGCUGCAGAGUUAAAUUAUUGGGGUAGGAGCAUUCAGAAGGUGAGGAGAGUGAUGCAGACAUGUGAUCCUGAAUCUCUGGCUAAACAAAAAAAAUGGGAAGCAGAGUGUAGACAAAAAUUUGGAAAAUGUUACAAGUCUUACCUGCCACUAAGCAUAUUUGAUCUAUUCAUCAGCAUCAGCUUCAUCAAUGGGAUUAAUACCAUGGCUAAUAAAAUCCCAGGGUUUACUGAUAUUUCAACUCCAGACAGUUUUUACAUUCUACCUCUAGUGACAGCCUUAACCUUUUGGCUGACAAGACAGGCCACCACCAUAAGCUGGACAGAGAUUUUAUUCAGAAUGAAGGAACUCCCUUGGUAUUUCCUUUUCUUCAUUAUGGUCCAAGCUGCAGUUAAAUAUGAACCGGCAGUCUACGUUUACUUGAUCUCAUAUAGAAUAUCUCUAUACAUAUUAUCCAUGUGUAAGUCCCUCUUCUCUUCUCUUCUCUUUCUCACACUGUCUUUCUUGUUCAAUCUAAAAACAGUAGACUCUUUUCUUUUCACACCAAUAGCGUGUAGAAAUAAGCAGGUGGCAAAGUUGAGAAAGGCACUGGGGUUGCCAUAUGAUCCAGUAACGUUCUCUGAGGAGCAAAGGAUCAUGGCCAAAGUGAUAAGUGUUAUGAGGGAAUUUCUUGACGUGGUGAAGAAGAAGAAAGACAAGAAGUGA